CAAAGAGCUCCGAUGCCAAGCCCUGACUAAUCCCGCCUUCUUGUUCCCCGCCAUGACUAUCAGAUUUAUAUCUUUCCGCCCGCUAUUAACCACCGAUACCAACACAUUAAAAUACUCUAAUUGGCUCAUCCCGGUGCCUAAUUAACCCUUAUAUAUCCCUCCGCAACUAUGACCGAACCAAUGACCACCAGCAAUUUGCAGGAUAUCCUUCCCCUCGUCGCGCGGGGUAAAGUGCGCGACCUAUAUGAGAUCGACCCGCAAACCCUCCUCUUCGUAGCUACUGAUCGCAUCUCCGCCUACGACGUGAUUAUGGCAAAUCCAAUCCCGAACAAAGGCACCCUGCUCACCCUCUUGACAACCCACUGGUUCGAAAUCCUUACCAACGCCAUCCCCAGCCUACGCACGCAUUUCAUCACCCUCGACCUACCCUCACAGAUUCCGGAAUCUCUGCGACCAUCUCUACGAAAUCGCUGCAUGCAAGUGCGCAAGCUAAAGGUAUUCCCCAUCGAAGCUAUUGUACGGGGCUACAUCACCGGUUCAGCCUGGAAAGAAUAUCAAACAUCCGGCACGGUGCAUGGCAUAAAGGUGGCAGAGGGCUUGAAGGAGAGUCAGCGAUUUCCCGGUGGACCCAUAUAUACGCCCAGCACCAAGGCAGAGCAGGGGGAACAUGAUGAGAAUAUCCAUCCAGAUCAGGCCAUAACCAUCCUCGGCCCCAAAUACGCCUCCAUAAUCUCCUCCCUGGCCCUAAAACUCUAUGAAACCGCCCACGCCCAUGCACUCUCCCGCGGCCUCAUCAUCGCAGAUACUAAAUUUGAGUUCGGGCUCGACACAGAGAAGGACGAGGUCGUGUUGGUUGACGAGGUGCUGACGCCGGACUCGUCGCGGUUCUGGUCUGCGGAGAACUAUGAGGUUGGGAAGUCACAGGAAAGCUUUGAUAAGCAGUUUUUACGUGAUUGGUUGGUCAAGAGUGGGCUGAAGGGGAAGGAUGGCGUGAGCAUGGAUGAAGCGGUGGUUAGGAGGACUGAGGAAAAGUAUCGGGAGGCAUAUGAGAAGAUUACGGGGAAUACAUAUGUGAGUUAGGGAUAUAUAUCGAGAGAUGUAAGGGAUGAUAGUGGGGGAAUUUGGGGGCAUGACACGUUCUCUGAAAUUAAGGGAAGGGGUCAUCAUUCACGGAAGAAGAUGGGAUGCAUGAUAGAUAUGUUAUGGGUAAUGUUCUGACGACCUACUUUCGGUUCCGGGUGUAUAUUAUAUUGAUUUUAAGAACGGAGGACCGACUCUAACAAAUAGAUAAAUAUUCUGUAUAACUUCCUCCUAGCUCGAUUCGAAUCAUAAUAAGAAAACGCCAAUAUAUGCCUGUAAUUCAAAUAGUAGCAUGUGGAGUAUGCCAAUGUCGUCAUAAAUAAUACACGCAUGGGAGAAAUCGAACAACCCUUCUCCCACCACGCCAUAAACCAAGAAAUUUCUCCCA